UCCAAACAUGGCCGCCUCCAUGUGCUAACGUGAGAAUAAGCUGGAAACCGACACAAACUAAGCAGAGAGGACAGAGACAACACACGAGCAGCUGAUUUAUAGUAAAAGGACCGGAUAAACAAACAGAGUGUCCGCCUUCAGGAGCUGUCACAGCCUUCAGAUGCGUUGUGUUUUUCCAGGUUUGGGUCCUUGAUGCUGGUGAGGACAGCCAGGCUCCUCCCCCUCAUUGCCGCCAAUCAUCUGUGUUAUUCCCGCCUCCCUUCAGCCAUUCAGAUACUUGGUUGGAGUUUAGGCAGAACGCUAAGAACUAUGGAGCCCCAGAAAGCUGCUCAGGACCCCACAGAUCAUCCACAGACAGCGGCAUCGGCCCCUUCAUCAGCAGAAACCACGGGACCGAGGGCCUCCGAGAAAAGCCCCCCUGAGGGUCUGUUACCUGGGGAGACGGUGGUGAAGGAGGGCAAGGCUUCCAUUCUGUUUCCCAGUGCGAAUGAGGUGUUUUACAACCCAGUGCAGGAGUUCAACCGAGAUUUAACAUGUGCUGUGAUCACAGAGUUCGCCAGAGAUCUGCUGGUUCAGCGCGGUGUGAAGGUGGUGGUGCCCGGAGAGAAAGAACGGGUGGUGGUGUCCCUUUCGGAGGAGGCGGAGCAGACGGACGGACAGAAGGACCAGGCGGACGGACAGACGGACGAACCGGCUCUAACUGCAACAGUGGGGGAGAAAUGUGAGCGUGGCCUUCGCGUGCUGGAGGGCCUGGCGGCGUCCGGUUUGCGCUCGGUCCGUUUCGCCCUGGAGGUCCCGGGGCUGCAGAGCGUCACCGCCAACGACUUCUCCACCAAAGCCGCCGCCCUCAUCAGCAGGAACGCCCGCUACAACGGCGUGGACCACCUGCUCCAGGCCAGCUGCCAGGACGCCAGUAUGCUGAUGUACGAGAAGAGAGGGAAGAAGGAGCGCUAUGAUGUCAUCGACCUGGACCCCUACGGUAGUCCGGCCACGUUCCUGGACGCUGCUGUUCAAGCCGUGGCUGACGGAGGUCUGUUGUGUAUAACGUGUACAGACAUGGCUGUGAUGGCGGGAAACAGUGGAGAAACCUGCUACAGUAAAUACGGCUCCGUCUCCAUCAAAGCCAAAUACUGUCAUGAGAUGGCUCUUCGUAUCAUCCUCCACAGUCUGGACCAGAGGGCGGCCGUCUACCAGCGCUACAUCCACCCGCUGCUGUCGGUCAGCGUCGACUUCUACAUUCGGGUGUUUGUUCGCGUCUUCACAGGACAGGCCACGGUCAAAAACUCAGCCAGUAAACAGGCUCUGAUCUACAACUGUGUGGGCUGUGGUUCUUUCCACUUACAGAGAAUGGGCCGAAGAACGAGCAACGGGAAGAAUAUGAAGUACUCUGCUGCCACUGGACCUCCUGUUGGACCAGACUGUGGACACUGUGGACAGAGACACCAGAUGGGCGGUCCCAUCUGGGCGGAGCCCAUCCAUGACUCCGCCUUCGUCCAGAAGGUUUUAUCUGCGGUGUCCGGGAACCCGACCCGAUUCGGAACGUCCAAACGCAUCGAAGGCGUGUUGAGUAUGGUGACGGAGGAGCUGGAGGACGUCCCUCUGUAUUACACCGUGGACCAGCUGAGCAGCACCGUCCACUGUAAUACUCCACCUCUGCUCCAGUUCAGGUCUGCUCUGCUUCACGCCGGACACAGAGUCUCGCUUUCCCACGCCUGUAAAAACGCCAUCAAGACAGAUGCGCCCCCUGCAGUCAUCUGGGACGUCAUGCGCUGCUGGGAGAAGUCCAACCCUGUGAAGAGGGAGAAGCUGUCACAGACUAGCCCCGCCUUCAAGAUCCUGUCCACCGAGCCCAGUCUGGACGCCUGCUUCAGCGUCAGGGACGACGCCAACCCCCAGUCCCGUAAACGCCACCUGACGCGCUUCCAGGAGAACCCCCAGGCCUUCUGGGGACCCAAAGCACGCGCCAAAGCUGGUGGAGGCAUUUCCACCGACCUGCAGGAUAAGAGGAAGAAGUUCCAGAACAAGAGGAAGACUCCCAUCACGGACUCGUCUCAGCUGAAGAACUUCCCCUGUAAGAAGUUCAGACAGGGUUCGUGUAACCAUGGAGACAGCUGUUGUUACUCCCACGACCUCGAGCAGACAAAUGAAGACAAAAUGGACUGAGUCCUCCUCAGAUCCACAUGUUUAAAGUGGCUUUACUUCAGUUUAAUGGAUUUAAACUGGACCGGAUCUGGACCAGGUCCAACCUGAGACUAUUGAUCAUCUGUACUCGGCCUUUUUUUGUGUUUAAAUGGAAGUUUUUUUUUUGUUUGUUUUUUUUUUGUUUUUAUUUGACUGUUGGUACAGUCUAAUAAAGUCCUCAGCACGACUUUAGAGGUU